UUGGAAGGGACAAUCGCCAGAGAGAGAGAAAGAGAGCUGAACCUGCAAAGGGAGAGCCAUGGUAUAGGGCUUCACGAGGCCUUUCACUAACCUAAUCAAAAGGAGUAAUCGGCCAUGGCUACUAAGUUUCUUUGUCUUCUUUUGCUCUUCAACUUUCAUCUUCGCCUCUCUUUCUCCGGACAGUUGGACUCUAUGGAGUCAGUUCCUGAUCUUCAAAAGGAAAUGUACAAGGUUAUUGAUGGAUAUCCUUGUGUACGACUGCUCAAUCUUUCUGGGGUGAUUGGAUGUUCAAACCCUGGACGAGAAAUGGUUGUGGCUCCGAUUGUAAAGUUCAAAAUUGCAAAUGAGCUGUCUCAGUCAUCUGCAGUUUUGGUGUCAAUGGAUGAAGUUGAAAGUUUCUUCACCAGAAUAUGGAACGAUUCAAAUUUUGCUAGUAAUAUUGCUGGUGUUCUAGUUGAAUCGGGAACUGAAAUGAGAAAUAAGUCAGAAGGAUUCUCUCCCGAUCGAAAGUUUCCACAAGCUGAAUUCUCUCCUUACCAAAGUGCCAACUAUGAGUGGAACCCAAUUGGAUCGGGUGUCAUGCGGAAUGCUUAUAAUUUUCCUGUAUUCUUACUUUCUGAGAGUAGCACGUUGACCCUGCAGGAGGCAGCUACCAAGAAUGAGAAAAACAAGAAAGCUUACACUGCUGAUGUGGCUGAAUUUGAUCUGGUGAUGCAGACUACAAAAGCUGGGACUGGUGAUUCAGAAUCUUGUUUGAAAGAAGGGACUUGUCUUCCAUUAGGUGGAUACAGUGUUUGGUCAUCCCUUCCUCCAAUUAAUGUUUCUUCAUCUGACCAAUCCAAGCCGGUAAUACUGACGGUGGCAUCUAUGGAUUCUGCUUCAUUUUUCCGGGACAAAAGCAUUGGUGCAGACUCCCCCAUAUCUGGAUUGAUUUCAUUGCUAGCAGCAGUUGAUGCACUUUCACACAUAGAUGGUCUGGAUGACCUUACUAAACAGCUUGUUUUUAUAGUUUUCACUGGAGAGGCCUGGGGUUACCUUGGUAGCAGGAGAUUUUUAUAUGAACUUGAUCUACAGUCAGAUGCGGUUAAUGGCCUAAAUAACUCAUUAAUUGACAUGGUCAUGGAAAUUGGAUCUGUUGGGAAGGGCUUCAAUCAAGGGGUUAACAAGUUUUAUGCUCAUACAGUAGGGGUUUCAUCUGCCACAAAUGAGACAUUGAAUGCCCUAAAGCGUGCUCAAGAUUCAAUGAAAUCUGAAGACAUAAUCAUCUCGCAGGCAAAUGUUUCAAAUCCUGGAAUACCUCCAUCGUCCUUGAUGACAUUCCUGAGAAAGAAUUCACUCACUUCUGGCGUUGUAUUAGAAGAUUUUGAUAGUAUCUUCAGCAACAAGUUUUACCAUAGCCACCUUGAUGAUAUAUCAAAUAUAAACUCUUCAGCUGUAGUGGCUGCAGCUUCCAUUGUUGCCCGCACCCUUUACAUACUUGCAAGCGGCAAUAAAAAUUUGAGCAGUUCAGCUCUAUCUGCUAUCAACGCGAAUGUCUCACUAGUUGAAGAACUUAUGGGUUGCCUAUUAGACUGCAAUCCAGGUCUUUCUUGUGAGCUGGUGAAGAACUAUAUAUCUCCCAGCAGUAGCUGCCCCAACCAUUAUGUCGGUGUUAUCCCUGAUGAACCUUCCUCCACACCUUAUCUUGGUUAUAAAGAUGAUGUCUCCAGAUUCUUGUGGAAUUUUCUGGCUGACAGAACAUCUAUUCCCAGCAAGAAUGCUAGUUCUGUUUGUUCACAAGGUUGCAGCAACAGAGGUGAAGUUUGUGUUAGGGAAGAACCAGAUGGAAAGGGAGUUUGCGUUAUUUCCACAACCAGGUAUGUUCCAGCAUAUUCAACACGGUUAAAGUACGAAUCUGGAACUUGGAUUGUCUUGCCGCCCAAUGCCUCUGAUCCAAUGGGUAAGUUGGAUCCUGUUUGGACGGAGAGCAAUUGGAAUGCAAUUGGGUUCCGGAUCUACACGGUGCAGCAUGCUACUUAUGACGGUCUUGUAUUGCUUGGUGGAAUCACUGUCACAGUCUUAGCUUAUGUUGCAAUUGUAAUUACAAGAGCCAUCAUCACAAAGACCUUGAAGCGAGAUUGACAAGGUUUAAUUAGGGUGAAGUUUUGAAACAUUCAUGCGUGGACAUGGUAGAAAUAUGAUGGUAAAUACCCAUUGAAAAAUUUGUUAUAGGUUGUAGAUUUUUGCAUUUUUUAUGUUGCAUUUUUGAGCUUCAUCCUUGUGCCAUUUGAAUUUUGCUGGAAGUUGGUAACAUUAAAGUUGUACUGAUAUCCUACACAUUUUAGAACAGUGAAUGGAGUUACCUAAACAGAAAACUGGAGCACCUUUUAUCCUCAGGCA